GACUGGCUGAGAGAAAACUUGAUCCGCGCGCAGGUUGGAAACUCAAGCACCCGUCGGCGCAUCCACCCCCGGCCUAUAUAAGAGCGAGCAGCCUGUGACGGGGGCACCACAAAGCCUUACCUGCUGCUGCGUUGGACCUGGACGGAGAGGAAAUCGAGCCAACAGCGGUGAGUCCCACAGCUGCGCGAGGAGAACACAGGACCAACAUGUCGCUCACAUCCAUUCUUUCAGCUGAGGCCAUUGAAAAUGCUGUCAAGGACUGUCAAGCUCCGGACUCAUUCUCCUACAAGAAGUUCUUCCAGCUGUGUGGCCUGUCCUCAAAGACGCCCAAGGAAGUCAAAGAUGUCUUCCAGAUCCUCGAUGAGGACAACAGCGGCUACAUCGAGGAGUCCGAGCUCAAGUUCUUCCUGCAGCGGUUUGUCCCCGGGGCGCGGACACUGACCGAGGCAGAAACCAAGAGCUUCAUCUCAGCAGCUGAUGAUGACAGUGAUGGCAGAAUCGGAGCAGAGGAGUUCCAGACUAUGGUCCUGUCUUGAGUUUCACAGAUGAAAAGAGCUCAAGUCUUCAGGUCUCUCCCCACCUCUGGAGUCAUCAGCUUCCAUUCCCAGAUAUUUCUUUUGUUUUCUACUGAACUCUGUGUGCGCUAAUUGUUUUUGAAUGACCUUUUGUCCAUUUAAAGACAAUAGACCUUUAAUUUCCACUGUGUUGGUCCAUGUUUUCUUUUCUGUGCACACCCCGCCUCUGACAAUCAAUGAGAUUAAUAAACAUGUGGAAACAUA